AUGAAGCAAGCUCCCAUUAGCUUUGCUACUUAUCUCCUGGCAUUCAUUGUUCUUCUUGCCACCGCUAGUGUAUUGGUUGAUGGGCAAAAGUGUAAGCCAAGUGGCAAGAUUAAGGGAAAGAACCCUCCAAAGGGUCAAUGCAAUCAAGGUGAUAAUUCUGAUUGCUGUAAGGCAGGCAAGUAUUACACCAUCUACAAGUGCUCGCCUCCUGUAUCCAAGCGUACAAAGGCGACUUUAACUAUCAACAGCUUUGAGAAAGGUGGAGAGGGCGGUGCACCGUCGGCAUGUGAUGGUAAGUACCACAGCGACGACGAGCCGGUGGUGGCAUUGUCAACGGGGUGGUUCAAUAACAAGAAGAGGUGUCACAAUUACAUCACCGUUCGUGGAAAUGGAAGGAGUGUGAAGGCUAUGGUAGUGGAUGAGUGUGACUCAUCUAUGGGAUGUGAUAGCGAUCAUGGCUACCAGCCACCAUGCUCAAAUAAUAUCGUUGAUGCCUCUAAGGCAGUUUGGAAAGCUUUAGGUGUUAAAGAAAGUGAUGACAGAUGGGGAUUUAUGGAGGUGACCUGGUCUCAUGCUUGA